AUGAAGUUCCUUAAAGUCGGCCGUGUGGCUAUCAUCACCCGUGGACGAUAUGCUGGCAAGAAGGUCGUCAUCAUCCAGCCCGUCGACUCCGGCACCAAGGCGCACCCUUUCUCCUUCGCUCUAGUGGCUGGCAUCGAGCGCUAUCCAUCUAAAGUGACCCGCCGCAUGGGCAAGAAGCGAGUCGAGAAGCGGUCGAAAGUCAAGCCAUUCAUUAAGCAGAUCAACUACAACCACAUCAUGCCCACGCGCUACACUCUCGAACUCGAGGGCCUGAAGAACGUCAUCAACAACGACACAUUCAAGGAGAUCAGCCAGCGGGAAGAUGCGAAGAAGCAGGUCAAGAAGGCGCUUGAGGAGAGAUACCUGUCGGGCAAGAACAAGUGGUUCUUCCAGCCUUUGAGAUUCUAG